UUUUCCUGUAGCGAAACACAGAGACACCGAGAGAUCAGAACAACUCGACUUCAAGACAGAAACCAUCAUCAUCAUCUUCAUCUUCUUCUUCCUCAGCAGAGAUGAUCCUCGUGGGCCUCGUGUUCCUGAUGCUCACGGCAGCGGCCGACAGUCAAGACAUUAGAGUCACAGACAGCGGCGUGACUCUGACCUGCGAAGGAGAAGAGGGUUCAUGGACGUGGAAGAAGGGAAAAGACGAGUUGAAGACGGAGACAGAGAACCACGCAACAGUUUCGGUGGAUCAGGGCGGGAUGGUGAAUGGAGAGUUCAGCUGUGAACACAAACACAACUCAAAAACAAUCACAAACUUUUUCUAUGUCAAUGUAAAGGUGUGUGAGAACUGCUACGAGAUGAGCGGGUUGAUGGCGACGGGCGUCAUACUGGGGGAUCUACUGCUCACAGGAGCCGUUAUUCUCAUCGUCUACAUGUGUGUGCGGAAAAACACUGGCAGCACUCAGCACAAAGCAUCCAAACCUCGAACAACCAGCGCUCCUCCCGUUCCAAACCCAGACUAUGAGCGGCUGAAUCAGCACACGGUCAGCAGUAGUUUGUACGCCGGCCUGAAACCCUGAUGAAUCAUAGUGUGCCUUACACAGUCCCAGUCGUUCCACGGUGUGUGUUAUUGAUUAUUGAUAUGUCAGAGUCAGACUGUGACUCGCUGAUCAGGGUUUUGUGAUGUUCGUGAGUGUGUGUUUGUGGAAACUUCUGCUCAUGAAACAUCGGAAACUCAUGAUGGAAACAUCAGCAUGUGAAAUACUGUAACUAAACUCGUCUGUCUUUGGAGUUUUCUGUUUUGAAGAGUGUGUCUUGUCUUGAGUUUGUAAUCUUCACACACGUUUAUAUGUUGUUUUGAUCUGCAAGUGCAACUAUUCAUUCUAGAUUUUUAUCUUAUGCAAAAAUUAUUUAAAUCAACUGAACUGAAGUAAGCCGAGGGUUGAAUGAUGCAGAUUGAACUGGUGUACUGGAAAAAGUAAAAGUCAAAAAUAAAGUUGAUUUUGUGUAA